CCAGAAGAGCUGUGCAAGCCUGCUGCUGAGGGCAUGCUUCCCGUUUGUUGGGGCUUUGGGGAAGGAGACCUGGUGACACAGUAGCCUUUAGGCAGAGCUGCUUGGGAUGUGCAGGAAGUGGUGCUGCAGGCUUUGUCGGUGGGGGCGUGGGAAUCUGAGCCAUUUCUCUGCGGACAGCUGUGUUUCAGAGUCUGGACAAGUUGCUGUUGAAUUUUGCAUGGGCUGCCAGGAUUUCGUGGAAGUAUAAUACUUUGUCAUUAUGAGAUGUCGUCUCUCGGUACCUCCUUUGUGCAAAUUAAAUUUGAUGACUUGCAGUUUUUCGAAAACUGCGGUGGAGGAAGUUUCGGGAGCGUCUAUCGAGCCAAAUGGAUAUCACAGGACAAGGAGGUGGCUGUAAAGAAGCUACUCAAGAUAGAGAAAGAGGCAGAAAUACUCAGUGUCCUCAGUCACAGAAACAUCAUCCAGUUUUACGGAGUAAUUCUUGAACCUCCCAACUAUGGUAUCGUCACAGAAUAUGCUUCUCUGGGGUCACUCUAUGAUUACAUUAACAGUAACAGAAGUGAAGAGAUGGACAUGGAACACAUUAUGACCUGGGCCACUGAUGUAGCCAAAGGAAUGCACUAUUUACAUAUGGAGGCUCCUAUCAAGGUGAUUCACAGAGAUCUCAAGUCAAGAAAUGUUGUUAUUGCUGCUGAUGGGGUGUUGAAGAUCUGCGAUUUUGGUGCCUCUCGCUUCCACAACCACACAACGCACAUGUCCUUGGUUGGAACUUUCCCGUGGAUGGCUCCAGAAGUUAUCCAGAGUCUCCCUGUGUCUGAAACUUGUGACACAUAUUCCUAUGGUGUGGUUCUCUGGGAGAUGCUAACAAGGGAGGCCCCCUUUAAAGGUCUGGAAGGAUUACAAGUAGCUUGGCUUGUAGUGGAAAAAAACGAGAGAUUAACCAUUCCAAGCAGUUGCCCCAGGAGUUUUGCUGAACUGUUACAUCAGUGUUGGGAAGCUGAUGCCAAGAAACGGCCGUCUUUCAAGCAAAUCAUUUCAAUCCUGGAGUCCAUGUCGCACGACACGAACCUUCCUGACCAGUGUAACUCAUUCCUGCACAAUAAGGCAGAGUGGAGGUGUGAAAUUGAAGCAACUCUUGAGAGGCUGAAGAAACUAGAACGUGACCUCAGCUUUAAAGAGCAGGAGCUCAAAGAACGAGAAAGACGGCUAAAGAUGUGGGAGCAAAAGCUGACGGAACAGUCCAACACCCCGCUUCUCUUGCCUCUUGCUGCAAGAAUGUCUGAGGAGUCUUACUUUGAAUCUAAGACAGAGGAGUCAAACAGUGCAGAGAUGUCAUGUCAGAUCACAGCAACAAGUAACGGGGAGGGCCAUGGCAUGAACCAAAGUCUGCAGGCCAUGAUGCUGAUGGGCUUUGGGGAUAUCUUCUCAAUGAACAAAGCAGGAGCUGUGAUGCAUUCUGGGAUGCAGAUAAACAUGCAAGCCAAGCAGAAUUCUUCCAAAACUACAUCUAAGAGAAGGGGGAAGAAGGUCAACAUGGCCCUGGGGUUCAGUGAUUUUGACUUGUCAGAAGGUGAUGAUGAUGGUGAUGAUGAUGGUGAUGAGGAAGAUAAUGACAUGGAUAACAAUAGUGAAUGAAAGCAGAGAGCAAAGUAUUAAAAUUGAAAAUGUCCGGGAAAACAAAAGAAACUUGUUAUCUCAGUCUGUACAAAAACCAGUAAGGAGGUAGAAAACCAAGCACUGCAUUUUUAGGCCAAUCACAUUUAUAUGACAGUCAUUUCUUUACGAUUUUACUUUUGAUUUGUCUUUGCUUACAGAAAAGGGGGGAGGGGAUUAAGCCAAAAAGGUCUAUUCAAUGAAUCAGCAAAUGUGGUGCCUGAUUAUAGAAACUUGUGAUUCUAUAUGUAAUAUAGCAUUUUUUAACGAAUGACAUUCUGGCUUUUUAAAAAUGAAUACAUUAUAGUUUGAUUUGAUUUGAUUUAUUCAGUUGCUUUAAAAAACUUACAUUUUCAACAAGCACUCUUAACUCCUAAUUCUUCUUUGACACUUGAUUUUCUUGUAACAUACUAUGUUUUUUUUCCCCUUAUGGCAAUACACCAUACUGUCAGAAAUAAUUGAUAGUGACUAAAAAAUCUAACAAUAAAAAAAUUGAAACGAAAGGAAGUUCUAACAAAUACUUCUCCAGAAAUACCUAAGUGCUGAGGGUUUUUAAUACUUAAUAGCACAACUUCUGAAAGUAAAACCCAAGAGAUGUUUUCAGUAGUACGUUUGCAGGAGAAAUACUCUAACUUGAAACCAAACAGCAGUGUUUUGGCACUUUCACACCAGUGCUCGCCCCAGAAGCUUCUUAACAGCACACUGUCAUCUAAGGCUUAGCUUAUACCUUAUACAAAGAGAAAGAGAGAGUAAGGGAUCACACUUCCAGGCAGCGUGAGCGUUAAUACGGGGGCAGGAGUGUAUGCGUGUGUGUUUGUUUUCCAGAGGGGCAUGAGAAUCCUGGAUUCUAAAUACAUGUAGAGAUAUUUUAAAGACAGAACUAAAUAUUAUAAAAAGAAUAGCAAAGAUAAGCUGUCCUUACUUAGGCAAAAGUGCAGAAUGAAGGGUCCUUUUUAUAGCAGAUCUAGCCUUCCAGAUUUCUUUUUUUUAACCCUGACUCAGCCAUGCUGGUGUUAAAGAGAAGUAAAUGUAGGUGCUGCUCUGAAAACCUAGCUAGCCAGAGAGAUAUUCUCAGAAUGUUAUCGCAGAAUUGUCAAAGCUUGUUUAAACUAUAAAAUAUUAAAAAACUACAAAACAUUUGUAGUUAUGUACAUACAGAAAGGCAAAAGAACAAAGAAAGAUUUUUUUUCAGUCUAAAUUUGAAAGCAGUGCCGUUCAUUUGACUAUUAAACCAAAGUACUUUGGGUGGUUCUUUUUAUGGAAGAUUUUUUUUUUUUAAUUUUAUUUUUGGCUGCAUUGGGUCUUCGUUGCUGCGCGCGGGCUUUCUCUAGUUGUGGCAAGCGGGGGCUACUCUUCGUUGCGGUGUGCAGGCUUCUCUCAUUGUGAAGCACGGGCUCUAGGCACACGGGUUUCAGUAGCUGUGGCACACGGGCUCAGUAGUUGUGGCACAUGGGCUUAGUUGCUCUGCGGCAUGUGGGAUCUUCCCAGACCAGGACUCGAACCUGUGUCCCCUGCAUUAGCAGGUGGAUUCUUAACCACUGCGCCACCAGGGAAGCCCAUAGAAGAUUUAAGAAAGGAUAUCAUCAUAGAUAUUGUCUAAUAUUAUUUCCAAGUAUAUUUGAUCAUAAAAAGCCUCCUGGAAUUUGAAGCAUGACAUGCUUCCAAUCCCCAUUAAGGGUGGAAAAUACCACAAAAUGAUCAGUACUCUGUGCCAGCUUUAUUUAGAGAAAAAUUACUAAUAAAAUGUUCUGGGUGUGAAAUGUAGAGACCAGUCUGUAUAGAAUAGUGAUAAAUAGAAGGAUCUGGAGUCAGAUCGUGAUUCAAAAUCGCUGUGCAAUCUUGGGCAAAUUAUUUAACUUGUACGUCUGCUCACCUUUAACUUGAGAAUGGUAAUAGUACUUACCUAAAGGAUUGUUGUGAGGAUUAAAUAAGAUGAUACAUGUAAAGCAUUUAACACAGUACCAGGCCAAUGGUAAGUGGUCAGUUAAUGUUAGCUACUGUUAACUAUGCCAGUGAAAAGACACUGAAAAAUAAGUGGUUUCUGUAACCUGGAAAACGAAACUAUCAAUUUCAAGUGAUAUUUGUUGAGUAGGAUGAGAUGAAAGUUAAAGUGAAUAGCUUUCAGGAAAGAUAGAGAACAUCUUUGGAACGUAAGCUGCACGAGCCGAUCUACUCUGUCGCCCUUUGAAGACCAUGCACAUGGCAAGGUUUAGCUAGUCUGAGGUGUUUGCAGGCCUUGCUACCACCCACAGACCAGGCAAACACAGAAAGAAGAGGUAAACGUUUCCCCUAGAAGAUGGGUUCCCCACAUACCCAAUCUGAUACACUUCCUAUGUCUAUGCAAAUAUAGACACAGAUACACACACACCACAGUAUAUUGCUGGUGACAAACAGGUGCAAACAUAAAUAGGCAUCCUGUCUGCACUCAGACAUGGAGGAGGCCUCUUUGAUUCAAGACGAGCCACUCAAGCAGAAGAUCUUGGAGUGGAGCAGAGGGGAUGGUUUUCAGCUCUUGACUUCCCAGCAUGCCCUGGGGCUCUGUGCCAUGUAACCUGAAGGAGAGCCAGAGACCAGGUAGUUCACAGCUUGUUGUUGCACAUCUUCCCAGGCCAAGGUAAAGUCAUCCAUCCCACCAGUAUUCAUUGAGCCCCUCCUUUGCGCCCGGUACCGUUCUAGGGAACAGCUAGAUGAAAAUCUGCACUUGCGGAGCUUACAGGCCAGCAAGCGGAGAUGGCCAACAAACAGAACAAAUGCAUCAUGUAGUAAACAUUUGAUAAGUGCACGCUGGGAAACGAAGCAGGGAAGGAUGAGGCCCAUAGCGGAGUGUUGUGGACUUUAAAGUGUGGUCAGGAAAGGCCUUACCCAUAAUGGAAUCUCUGUGGGCUGAUUUUGGGAUCUGUGCACCUUAUGUAAGAGUGUAAACCUUAAAAAAUAUAAGAGUGUAAACCUUGUCUCUCAUUUGAGAAUAACCGGAAAUAAAUUUAGAACGUAUGAAAUGAAUGGGAUGGACAUUUUUUAAAAUUUACAUUAAAUAAAAAUGUAUAAUAAUAAUUAGAUCUAUUAGGAUUAUACAUAAGGUUUUGGUGCAUUAAUAAAAGCAGCCAAAUAAGGCCAAAAGAGAAAGGUAACAACCCAGACCUAGGUUUACCAUCAUUCAGGUAAUAUUUCUCUAAUCUCUCGACUGCUGCCAUUUUCCUCACAGAAAUUCCAGAGAUGGUCAUAGCUCAAUACUCUGCCAUCAGGAAACUGCAGAGAUUUUGGACACAGCAGAAUUGAUAACCUCAGUGAUACGCUUGCAAUGUUCUAACCUAAAAUUGGGCUGUAGGUAAUUACUAUAGGGCACUGGCUAUUUUACUUUCUGUUCCAAAUCAGUGUCUUUCUAGGGUUUUGAACAUCCCUGAAAUCUGCAUCAUAGAAACAGAAUCUUAAAGUGGUUUCCCUUGAUCUAUGAAGAUGAUUUAGAAGACUUUAGACUCUAUUAGUAGCCUUAUUAAAUUUAAAAAGAAAUAUUUAUCAGCCAUAGGCAGAAUUUCUAAUGAAGAUGUUAAUUAUACAGCUUUUAAUUCACUUUUCAGAUCAGUUUUGUUGUUGUUGUUUUUGUGUUUUAACGUCUUUAUUAGAGUAUAAUUGCUUUACAGUGGUGUGUUAGUUUCUGCUGUAUAACAAAGUGAAUCACUAUGCAUAUACAUAUAUCCCCAUAUCCCCUCCCUCUUGCAUCUGUCUCCCUCCCACCCUCCCUAUCCCACCCCUCUAGGUGGACACAAAGCACCGAGCUGAUCUCCCUGUGCUAUGCAGCUGCUUCCCACUAGCUAUCUGUUUUACGUUUGGUAGUGUAUAUACGUCUAUGCCACUCUCUCACUUUGUUCCAGCUUAUCCUCCCCCCCCCCCGUGUCCUCAAGUCCGUUCUCUACGUCUGCGUCUUUAUUCCUGUCUUGCCCCCAGGUUCUUCAGAACCUUUUCUUUUAGAUUCCAUAUAUAUGUGUUAGCAUACGGUAUUUGUUUUUCUCUUUCUGACUUACUUCACUCUGUAUGACACACUCUAGGUCCAUCCACCUCACUACAAAUAACUCAAUUUCGUUUCUUUUUAUUAGCCAGUGAUUUUUAAUAUGCAGUAGAUUUGUUAGACUUUAACACCAGCUGGGGAAUUCAAACUUGAUCCCCAUGAAAAUCAAGGAAUUGGGGUGGGGGAAGGUUUGGGAGAGAUCUAAAACGAUUUCUCAUGGCACUACGAUGUACACAACUUUGCUUUUCCGAGGUUUCAUUGGAGUGGUAAGAAUUUCAUGAAAGAUAAUUUUAAAACUUACUCUGAGUUAAAUCUUGAUCCUUUUUUUUGAUACACUAGACUUGUUGCUGCCUUUUGAAACUAGCAGUCUACUGUACCGCAUACAUCAUAAAGCAUAAUUUUUCUAUAAUCAGGUACCUUUUGCUGCUUUGGGGUAAGACUGUUUUCCUGUUUAGAUGUUAAGCAUUUCCAGAGAGAAGAAUCUGUUCUGUUCUUUUGAUUGUAACAUAGCCUGAUAGCUGCCUCUCUGAUGAGAAAUGAGCGUCUACCAGGACAUCUGGAGGACUAGCUAUGUUUCCUCAGACUCCAGCUUAGUUUGCACUCUAUUACCUGUGAGGAGCUUUCUGGCAUGUGAUUAUUUACUUCAGAGCUAGAGUUUCAGGCACGUACAUUAACUAUUUUAUAUUGUGUGCAGAAUAAUAGACCUUUUAAUGUCAGAUACAAUACACUGCACAUAUUGCUUUUGCACUGUUUUAAACUUUUUGUACUAAAUGAUAGAAAAUAUUUAUAUUCUUUGAGUGUGAGCUUUGAAUAGAUGGCAUUAUCACCUUAUUGGUUUUUUUUUUAACAAAACGUUUUUCUCAAUUAUUCUAUCGCAAUGUUAUUCUGAGCAAGUCCUAUGCCAAAAUCGUGUAUCAUGUUUGUAUGGAAGAUUAAAUUUUAUUCUUGUGUGGUAAGACUACUCAGUUAUUGACUUCCUUGUUGGAAUUUGAUAUUCCAACACAAAGUCCACAAUGUAUUCAGAAAUCCAAGUUGGUGUCAUACAUUUCAUUUUGAUGUGAACUUUUCUUUGCUUUCCUUUGUUUUAAGACUCCAUUUUGCAAUAAACGUUUUGACAGUAAA